UUUGAACAGAGGAUUAUCAUUCUGUAAUAGACUUACUGAUCUUUUCUAGAUUACCUUUGCUCAAGUUUGCUCACAUCUUGGAUAGUUAUUUGACUGGCUGAUGGUGUUUUAAUUUGCCUAGAAGCCACUGGAGGGUCGUGACUAGCUAAGGCUUGGUAUAUCCCUCAAUUCAAAAACGAGCACCAGCUGAGGAUCCCAAGCGAGCCAGAGACACACAACGACACACGGCCACUUCCGGAUUUACAGCUUUCAGUCAGACGCAGCCAUGCGGUUCCGCUUCUGUGGGGAUUUGGACUGUCCAGACUGGGUGCUUGCCGAAAUAAGCACACUGGCGAAAAUUUCAAGUGUCAAGAUGAAACUCCUUUGUGGUCAAGUGCUGAAGGAUUUGCUAGGAGAAGGCAUCGACUAUGAUAAAGUUGCAAAGCUUACCGCAGAUGCUAAGUUUGAGAGCGGAGACAUCAAAGCCAGUGUUGCAGUGUUGAGCUUCAUUUUCUCCAGUGCAGCAAAGCAUGAUGUUGACAGCGAAUCCCUAUCCAGUGAGCUGCAGCAGCUUGGACUUCCUAAAGAGCACACAACAGGACUGUGUAAAUCUUACGAGGACAAGCACUCUGCACUGCAAGACAAACUAAGAGAGACAAGCCUGAGAUUGGGAAGGCUGGAGGCCGUGUCCUGGCGGGUAGACUACACAUUGAGCUCGAGUGAGCUGAGGAAGGUCAAAGAGCCGACAGUGCAGCUGAAACUGCAGGCACAAGGAGCCGAGUCAGGCUGCACGGAGACCACUGUAGUGUCCAUCUCAGCUGACAAGUUCAGAGUCUUGCUCACAGAGCUGAAACAAGCCCAGGCUAUGAUGAAUGCCCUUCAGUGAAACAUGGAUCUCAGCUGCCCAGAAUACAUUGCGUCUUUGAUGAUGCUGCAUCUGAUUGAGUUGACAGACUGCCAGAAGUGCCAUACUGACAUCCUGAAUAGCAUUGCUUUUUGUCAGAACCCAUGUCUUUUUAAGGACUGAAUCAGUUUUCUUGUGAACUGGCUGCCAAAUUUAUGUUCACCAGUUGCUGCAAAUAAUGUCUGAACUGGAUGAUUUGUCACACAAUAUAACUGUGCUGAAGCUGAAAUGUUGAAUGGACCAUAUUUGUAUAUAAUAAUAUAAUAUUGUAUAUAAUUUCACUCACUUAUGUCAUAGAUUUUCAUCUUACAAACAUCACGUUAAUAAAAAUUGAAAAAAA